AGCACGUUAGAUUUGCAAACUCGUCGCGUCGGUUCGUGCGGAAAAUGAAUAACUGAAAUGAAAUUUCUUACGCUCGAAAGAAGACUUUAACUCUAACGACGUGCUUACAUAACAGUAUUUUUUUUUUUUUUUUUUGAUAUUCAUAAUGAAAUUCAUUGCAUUGAUUUUAUUAAUUGCCAUAAGUCAACACUACCAAGAACUUGUCAACGCUCAUCUGCGUCCUAUCUACCCGGAUUCCGAUAGUGAUGAGGACACCAGUGAAAAGCGGAUUCUCCGCAAAUUGCCACAACUGCCUUUAACUGACCGCACAGCUUUGCACCAAGGAAUCUGGCAAAGACCACAUUCUCACGCCAACAGCAAGCGCACAUCCACCACUGACAGUACGACUCCGUUAACACCCACUACCAAUAUCAAUGGACGCGCUUUACAUAGCAGUGAUGCAUACCAGCAAAAUAUUAGCAACUAUGAGGAGGAGUAUCGAUUUGAGAACAACGCCGGUAGAGGCAGCGGAAGCGGAAGCGGUGAGCACGACCACCAGCCUGACGUCGCAAACUACACAGCGCUCGAACGCAAUGUUACCGAUAAGCCUGCAGUAUCAUAUUGUCUACCGGAAGUUUUCGAACAUGAUUACAUCAUAGUUGAGAAUCACACACAACCAAACACAAAUAUUUGGAAGCGUGCACGCAUCGGUGAACGCGCCGGUCUAAGGGAAGUAUGCCUAAUGCCGAACGGCUUGCCGCUAACGCGCUUAUGCCGGUACAAUCGGCAACUACGCUCCGCCGAGUGGGAGGAUAUCAGCAAUUGGUCGCGCAUCACCUGCAUGCGUCAAACUCGCGAAUGUAUACUGAGCGAUAAGCUGAACAAACUGCAUGAAAAACUCUUAGAGGGGCAGCUGCUGCAAGGUGGUGCCACGGAACGUAGCCGUGUGACGGGCGAGUUGUAUACAAUGUUGCGUGAGAAGAACUUUAAAUUACUACCCGCUGAUGUACACUUGACCUCGCAAAUUCUCCACGAGGUGGCCAUUACCGCACAAGAUCCCGAGGUAUCGCCGGAUAUGGUGCGUAUCUGUGAUCGGCUGAUGACGAGCGAUGAACAGGUACUGCGUAUAUCGGCUGAUUUGAAUGCGACCAAUUCGAUUUUGGAAACUUUCGAGCAAUAUAUGGACGCACUCUCCGUGCGUCAGGUGCCAGCAGAAAGUUGUGCGAAUAUGCAGACAACAACAAUUGUGUCGCGUCCCAGCGCGGAAUCGGAAGCGGAAGCAGAUGUAGCAAGCAGUUACUCGAAAGCUGUUGAGGAGGUGCGCAUGGGUCAUCUGGGUGUACGUGCACAUAUCUCAACAAAUAUCAGUGUUUUCUUCAUAAAUCCCUCCUGCGCCAAUAUAUCCGGCAUAGCCUUGUAUGCGUCGAAGUUGCAGACGAGUGCGUCUGCGAAUAUGCCAGAUGCACUGAUAAAUUCUGCGGUAGCAAACUUUCGUUAUCGUUUCAUUUUUAUGAAUGAAUCUGUGCGUGAGUUGAUGGAGGAACCUGACCUGCAAGUAGCGGGAUUUUUACCAACAACCCUCUGGGAACAUGUGCGGUUGCGUAUGCAGCGGAACGGUAUAACGCCUGUGGUGGUAUUGAAGGUGUAUGGUCAUGAUGCUCUCUUUGUAGAUCCGAAGUUGGAGCAAACAGCGAAGCCGUUUAGUAAAAUUCUUUCUAUAUCAAUACCGGGCUUUAAAGAGAAAUUUCCGGAGCCUUUACCCUUCCUACUGCGAAAUCGCUUCGAUUACAUGGACGCAUCACUCGUAGCGCAGCCCGGCACAGGCUGUGGCUACUGGAACUACAGCACAUGGGUGAAUGGCGGUAUACAGACGGACGUUAAAGAUCUACUCACUCAAUCCGUUAUACAAUGUCGCACCGAACAUUUGACUCAAUUCUCAUUUUUACUCGGCGGCAGCUACAAACAGGUCGACAUUAGCGGUGAUGUACUCAUUACACCCAUACACAUGCGUGCGUUAGAUAUAAUAUCACUUAUUGGCUGCUCACUCUCGCUGGUGGGCCUAUUGUGUAUUUGGGUGACAGCUGGAUUGUUCAAGAGUUGGCGUACACUCGCAUCCACAAAGAUUCUGCUAAACCUCUGUGUGGCGCUCACUUUGCAAAUGGUACUGUUUGUGUUCGUCAAUACCGAGGACAUGUCCGCAGAGCUGGUGGAGGAUAGUCUAUAUGUGGAUUGUGUCAUUUUGGGCGCUUUCAUGCAGUAUUCCAUAUUGGUGCUCUUCAUGUGGAUGUUGAUCAUAGCCAUGUUGCAAUUCCAACGUUAUGUCACCGUGAUCGGUAUUGAGCGUCCGAAACGUUAUAUCUUGAAAUCGGCAAUAGUUGCUUGGGGCUUACCGCUCAUACCCACUUUAUUGGUGGCCUGCAUAAAUCCCAGAUCAUACAUACCUACGGAAUAUGAGAUACAAGCAAGCAGUGGCAUUUGUUAUCCCAGCGGUCUGGGACUCGCACUCGGCGUCAUCGUGCCUAUCACCGCCAUUGUCAUUGCCAAUCUGACCAUUUUCAUUUAUGUUUUCUACAGUAUUUCGCAUACGCUUAAUCAGGCAAUGCACCGCAAUGAGAAGAAGAUGAUUGUGAAGCAGAUCCGCUUAUCGAUUUUAUUAUUCUUUCUGCUCGGAAUUUCAUGGAUCUUCGGCUUGUUUGCGUACAUGCAGGCGGGUGUGUUCUUCUCCUAUCUCUUCUGCCUCACAGCCACCCUGCAAGGAUUUGUUUUAUUUAUUUAUUUUGUGAUUCUCGAUGAAGUGCCACGUGGUGCAUGGCUAAAUUUACUGCAUCCGCAGCGGAAGAAGGCGAGUGGCAAGCGUACGACAGAGUUGCAAUCGAUCACGGCGUCUACGGGCUUGGAGAGCGGCAGAAGUGAACAGCAGCGAGAUGAAAAUGCGCAGUCGGCGGGACAUACAGCGAUGAAUGCGUGAUUUUUGUAUUGUAUUAAUAGAUCAUUUUAAAUACAAAUGCAUACAUAUGUAUGUAUGUGUAUUAAUAUGUUGCACAUGAGUGUAAUAAAUAUAGACUGAGGGAUUAACACCUUUAUUUAUACUUUCAGCAAAAACAAAACAGAAAUGUCAUAGACAGACAGACA